AUGGCAGACAGGCGGUCUGCCAUGUGGUUGGUCGGGGAGGUGUUCGACGCUAGCUUGGCGUCGGGACGCUUCCCUGAGUGCUGGAAGAGCGGGAAGCUGGUCCUUUUGAGGAAGCCGGGACGGCCUGCCGAUUCGGUCGCGGCCUAUAGGCCCAUCGUGCUGCUGGACGAGGCGGGCAAAUUGUUUGAGAGGGUUCUUUCUGCCCGCAUCGUCCGGCACCUCUGCGAGGUGGGCCCCGAUCUGUCGGACGCCCAAUUUGGUUUUCGGGCGGGGCGUUCGACGGUCGACGCCGUGUUGCGCCUGAGGGCCGUGACCGAAGAGGCCGUGAGCUGUGGCGGCGUGCUGUUGGCGGUGUCACUGGACAUCGCCAACGCAUUCAAUAGUCUGCCAUUCAGCUGCAUCAGGGAAGCACUCCACUAUCAUGGGGUGCCAAAGUACCUGAGGCGGCUAGUGGCAGACUAUUUAGAGGAGCGUACCGUCGUGUACGAGGACCGAGAAGGUAAUUUGAGGUGUCGGCCCAUGUCGUGCGGUGUUCCACAGGGGUCUGUUCUUGGACCCCUCUUGUGGAACAUAGGGUACGACGUGGUCAACUCGGUCCUCGUACCGGUUCGGGCCCAGAUGAAAUAUCUGGGCCUGAUCCUCGACGGGAGGUGGCUCUUCGACGAGCACUUCCGACAGCUUGCUCCAAAGCUGGUCGGCGCUGCGUCUGCCCUAGGGGCGACUUUUGCCCAAUAUGGGUGGACCCAGCGUCGCGACAAGACGGCUGUACACGGGGGUUGUCCGGUCAAUGGCACUGUACGGUGCACCGGUGUGGGUGGCGGCUCUGACCGCCCAGAAUAG